AUGGACAAAAUCCCCGGAAAUUUAGGCUGGCCUAUCGUGGGAGAGAGUUUCUCUUUCUUAUCUUCAUUCUCGAAUCCAGCCGGUAUAUUCAGCUUCAUGCACAACAGACAACAAAGGUAUGGAAAAGUGUUCAAGAGUUAUGUAUUAGGGAGAUUUACGGUUUUCAUGACUGGGAGAGAAGCAGGCAAGAUUCUGUUAACGGGCAAAGAUGGACUAGUGAGCCUUAAUCUUUUCUACACGGGGAAGCAAGUUUUGGGGCCCACGAGCUUGCUUCAACAAACCGGAGAAGCACACAAGAGAUUAAGACGUUUAAUAGGCGAACCCCUCUCGAUGGAUGGCCUCAAAAAAUACUUCCCUUUUAUCAAUAGCUUGGCGGUAGAGAUUUUGGAUCAAUGGUGUGGCAGAAGAGUUUUGGUUCUUGAAGAAGCUUCCACUUUCACAUUGAAGGUGAUAGGCCACAUGAUAAUGAGCUUAGAGCCGAGCGGAGAAGAUCAAGAAAAGUUUCGAGGCAAUUUCAAGAUUAUAUCUUCUUGUUUUGCCUCGUUGCCGUUUAAAAUACCCGGAACUGCGUUCUAUCGUGGCAUUAAGGCACGUGAUCGGAUGUAUGCAAUGUUCGACUCUACAAUUGCCCAACGAAGAAACGGAGAAGGGUUACAACAAGAUUUUCUUGGAUCCCUUUUAAAGAAGCACAGUAAAGAAAACUCAGAAGGAGCAGACGAUGAUAAUAAGCUCACAGAUAAACAAUUAAAGGACAAUAUAUUGACCUUAUUAGUUGCAGGCCACGACACCACCACAGCUGCUUUAACAUGGCUGAUCAAAUUUCUCGGAGAAAACCCUGCUGCAUUAGAACGUCUACGAGAAGAGCAUCAGAAAAUUCAAAGUAGCAGAGAAUAUGGAUCGAGCCUUACUUGGUCCGAAGUGAACAAUAUGCCGUACACUUUAAAGGUCAUUAAUGAAACACUUAGAAGAGCAACAAUAUUACCCUGGUUUUCAAGAAAAGCUGCACAGGAUUUCGAUAUUGAUGGAUACAAAAUCGAAAAGGGCUGGUCUGUGAAUUUAGAUGUGGUAUCUAUACACCACGACCCGGAGAUGUUUCCUAAUCCAGAGAAGUUUGAUCCUUCAAGAUUCGACGAGCCGAUAAAACCUUUCAGCUUUCUUGGAUUUGGAAGCGGACCGCGAAUGUGCCCUGGAAUCAACCUUGCCAAAUUGGAGAUUUGUGUUUUCAUCCAUCAAUUGGUCUGCAGAUAUAAGUGGAGUCCACUAGAGAAAGACGAUUCUGUCCAGCCAACGCUCGUGAGGAUGCCUAAGAACAAGUACCCGAUCGUGGUGGAAUCUCUGUAG